CUGAGCACAUCUCCCCGGCAGCUCUGCAGGAAUCAGGAUGCAGGCCAAAUACAGCAGCACAAGGGACAUGCUCCAUGAAGAUGACACCACCAUAAGCCUGUAUUCUGGAGCCUCCACUGCCACCAGACGUGCAGAGCCCAGGGACUCAGAGAACGGAACACCGUCUUCAGUCUGGCGCCCAGUGGCCCUGACGCUCCUGACCUUGUGUUUGGUGCUGCUCAUCGGCCUGGCAGCCCUGGGCCUAGUGUUUUUUCAGUUCUACCAGCUCUCCAAUAACCAGCAAGACAGCAUCACUGAAAAGGAUGAAAGGCUGGCGAACAUCUCCCGACAACUACAGUCUCUCCAGGGCCAGAACAGGAAGCUCAUCGAAACUCUUCAGCAGGUAGCUGUAAAACUGUGUCGUGAACUUUACAACAAAAGCGGAGGACACAGAUGCAGUCCUUGCCUGGAAAAAUGGAAGUGGCAUGGGGACAAAUGCUACCAGUUCUAUAGAGAGAGUAAAAACUGGCAGGGCUGUGAAUAUUUCUGCCUGGCUGACAACGCCACCAUGCUGAAGAUAAGCACUCAGGAAGAGCUGGAUUUUGCCAUGCCUCAGAGCUACUCUGAGUUUUUCUACUCUUAUUGGACAGGGCUCUCCCGCAACGGCAGUGGCAAAGCCUGGCUGUGGACCGAUGGGACACCUUACUCCUUUGAACUGUUUGAGAUUAUAAUUGAUCCCACCAACCUAAGAAACAGGGACUGUAUGACCAUCUUCAAUGGAAAGGCUUACUCCAAGGACUGCAAAGAGCUGAGGAGAUGCGUCUGUGAGAGGAAUGCAGGGAGAGUGGUACCCGAGGCGCUCCAAUAGGUGACAAAAAGCAUUUGGUGGAGCGGACCAACAGGUCAGAGUCAGCUACCAGGAAAAGCACUGUGUCAAGUGAGGCCAAUGCAAAGGACACUCAAAGCUUUGGGAAGCAGAAGGGCAGCUGCUGGAACUGGUACUGGAGAGGUUUUCUGGUCCUGGUUCUUGCACACAUUUCCCUGUCACAAAGAUUCUUACUC